AUGCUGUGGUUCUCUCUCUCAGAGAAGCAACACUUCUGCAAACUGUACCACUUUGGACCUGUGGUGCUUGGCAGAGGCAGCUGUGGUGUCGUGUUGUCCGGUCAGCGGUUGUCGGAUGGACUCCCGGUUGCAAUCAAGCGGCUCUCCAGGGAGCUGGUUUGGCAGUGGGCGGAACUGGACGGUGCGCUGAGCCCGGUCCCCAUGGAGAUCGCGCUCCUGAAGCGAUUAUCUGGAGUCGAGGGUCUCAAGGGUGUGAUCAAGAUGCUGGACUGGUAUGAGGUGGAGGGGUGGGGCUUCCUGCUGGUAAUGGAGCAGCCGCCGCAUUGCCAGGAUCUGUUUGACAUCGUGACUCAGCGAGGAGCGCUGCCUGAACGCCUAGCUCUCAGGUUCUUCCGGCAGGUCGUUGAGGCGCUGCAGGUCGUGCAUUUGCACGGCGUUGUGCACCGGGACAUCAAGGAUGAGAACAUUGUGGUCAACACAAGAACGCUGGAGGUGAAGAUUGUAGACUUCGGAUCUGCUGCGCUGCUGAAAGAUGGCGCGUAUGAUGAGUUUGGAGGUGCAGAGCUCAGCUGA